AGCCCCGCCGCUCGCCGUAGCCCCGUUGCCAUGGCUACGUAAGCGGUGCGGCCUACCUCUCAGGGAACUUGCCCAUCGAACCGAGCCAGCCGACGGGGUGGGAGUGAGCCGUUAUGUCGUUCCGCGACCUCCGGAAUUUUACUGAGAUGAUGAGGGCUCUUGGCUAUCCCCGGCUUAUCUCGAUGGAGAAUUUUCGCACUCCAAAUUUCAUGUUGGUUUCAGAGAUACUCCUUUGGUUGGUGAAAAGAUAUGAGCCUCAGACUGAUAUCCCUUCCGAUGUUGAAACCGAGCAGGACCGGGUUUUUUUCAUUAAGGCCGUUGCUCAGUUUAUGGCAACCAAAGCUCACAUAAAACUCAAUACCAAGAAGCUUUACCAGGCAGAUGGCUAUGCUGUGAAGGAGCUGCUGAAGAUCACCACUGUGCUUUACAAUGCCAUGAAGAGCAAAGGGAUGGAAACCACAGCUGUGGGUGAAGAAGACACGGGCAAAUUCAAGUUUGAUCUGGGUUCCAGAAUCAGCGAUUUGAAGACAGCCAGGCAGCUUGCUUCAGAAAUCACUUCAAAAGGAGCAUCUCUGUAUGAUUUAUUGGGCAAAGAAGUGAUGCUGAGGGAACUGAGAACAGAAGCAAUUGCACGACCGCUGGAGAUAAACGAAACCGAAAAAGUGAUGCGCAUUGCCAUCAAAGAUAUUUUGGAGCAAGUCCAGAAAACAAAAGACAUGCUGAACAAUGUGGCCGCCGAUGAAGCCAGUUUGGAGGCCAAGAUUGAAAAGAGGAAAGCGGAGCUGGAGAGAAACCACAAGCGCCUGCAAACUUUGCAGAGUGUUCGCCCAGCCUUUAUGGAUGAAUAUGAGAAAAUUGAGGAGGAACUGCAGAAACAAUAUAGCUGUUACGUGGAGAAGUUUCGUAACCUGACCUACCUGGAGCAGCAAUUGGACGACCAGCACCGCAUGGAGCAAGAGAGAUUUGAGGAAGCAGAAAACACUUUGCGUCUGAUGCAGAAUAAGCUGAAGGAGGAAGAGAAACGAUUGCUGAAGAGUGGAAGUCACGAUGACUCAGACAUGGAGAUCCACGAGGACGAGGGAUCGGACAGCGAACUGGAGGACCGGCAGCUGAUCAAGCAACACACGGCUAUGGAGAUGCUCAUGCAAGGGCGGCCCAGCAAGCGGAUUGUUGGAACCAUGCAAGGGGGAGACACGGAGGAUGAUAUCGGGGCAGCCCGAGCCCGAACCAAAAAGCACAGAGCUUCCCGAGCCAAGGCCAAGGAGGACUCAGAGGACAGUGAAAUUGAUCUGGACGAUGAUGACGAUGACGACGAUGAUGACUUGGAAGAUGACAGCAUGGACAUCCCCACCAAGGCCAGUCGGAGGGUCAGGAAGCCUGAGCCGCUGGAGGAGAGCGAUAAUGAUUUCUGAGGAACCCCAACAGGGCCACCAAAUGACAGCUUGCCCAUGACUCUUGCUACGCGUACUACAAGGCCAUAUUCAGGCAGGGUGAGCAGUCCUAGCGUGGUGACAUGUUUUAGGCCUCAGAUUCACUCC